AUGAAAAAGGAGCAAAUAAAUAAUUACAAAAGAUUAUUGGAGUAAUAGCAUAAUUCAUUGUUAUAAGUCUAGGGCUAUGCCAAAUUAUAUAAUGUUUGAUGGUGAAGGCAAUUAUGGAAGAAAAUAACUGUAAGGUAAUUUCCAAAAACGAAGUCAUAGAUCACAAAAAUUUGAAAGUUUAAAUAAAUUUAUAAUGGAAAGAAGAGGACAAUAUUGAAGAAUAGAAUAAGAAUUAUGAAACUGAAAAUAAGCAAAUCUUACCUAAAAUUUUGAAUUUAAAAGUUAUUUUUAUGUGUUAUAUUAUAAGAAAUCCUAGGAUGUUGAACCAAUGA